AUGGCUACCCAACCAAACCCCAAAGCUUUUCCUUUAGCAGAUGCCGAACUUACGGGUCAGAUACUUGGUUUGGUUCAACAAGCAUUACAUUACAAACAAUUAAAGAAAGGUGCAAAUGAAGCUACGAAAACGCUUAACCGGGGUACAGCAGAAUUCAUUGUAAUGACAGCAGAUACAGAGCCGAUCGAAAUUUUAUUACACUUACCUCUACUCUGCGAAGACAAGAACGUUCCGUAUGUCUUUAUUCCAUCAAAGACUGCUCUUGGACGCGCAUGUGGAGUAACUCGAGCAGUAAUCGCUGCAUCUAUUACAACAAAUGAUGCAUCAGAACUUAUGCCACAAAUCCAGCAGAUUAAAACUAGCAUAGAAAGACUUCUGAUCUGA